UCGGCUCAUGGUAUUGACGUAUCAAAUCUAUUUUAAUAUUUCAAAGUGAGCUAGUUUUGUGCAGAUUUUUAUUUUUCAGUUACAUUGGAAGACGUAAUAGAUAUGGUCUUACUUAUUCCACAUAUUUAGCUUCGAUUUACUUGAGCGCGUUACUGGUGCGGAUAAUCUACUCUUUUGCUUCCAAUUUCAUAUAGGACGGGCCCUAGAAAAAUUGCCAGAAUAUCCCUUACUCACACCUGUUGGCGCGUUCCGAAACGCAUCACACACGACUGAACAACAUUUUUUCAUCUACUUUAAAAAAUGGUAUCGCCCGACGAACGAACUUCAAAUGAUGCAGAAUCCAGGGAUCUGGAAGAAGGAGGCAUUAAAAAGCGGCAUCAGAAAACCACCGACGAUGAAAUUCCAAAGAAACCGGGAAGACCAUUUCCUGGGUUUCGCAAAAAUUUCUACGAGUAUUUUGCGGAAUAUUCCAAUAAUACUGGGAUACAUGGAUUUAAGUAUAUGGGAGAUCAGCAAAUGACCAUUUUUGAACGAUUAUGGUGGUUGAUACUAUUUUCCAUCUCAUUGUAUAUCUGCAUAAAUUUAAUCAUUCAAACUUACAUAAAAUGGGACACUUCGCCAGUUUUGGUGAGUUUUGCUCGGAGUCCUACACCUGUUUGGCAGGUCCCAUUUCCAGCUGUUACUGUAUGUUCCGAAACCAAAGCCAAGCAAACACAAUACAAUUUUACCCAUUUCUACCAUCAAAUGAUUGGUGGUAAUAAUUCGAUGACAGAGGAAGAAAAACGAAAAUUUGCCGACCUUGCACUUAUGUGCGAUAAUCAUCUCUACAACAAAGGCAAUGCCACAACCGACUAUGACACAAUCAAUUUUCUGAUGGGUAUUGCCCCUCAGUUUGACGAAAUGCUCUGGCAAUGCAAAUACACACUUCUGAACGGUUCCUGCUACGACUUCUUCACUCCAAUACUGACCGAAGAAGGUCUUUGCUACACUUUCAACAUGUUGGAUAGAACAGAGUUAUUAAAAAAUAAUGUAUUUCUGCCUGGUGACUAUAUGAACCAUGGCAGAAAGUCGGAAGGUUGGAACUUAGAAGAUGGGUAUCCGGCUAGUGCGUCUAUCAGCACUUACCCGCGAAGAGCGAUGUCAGCAGGAUUUACAUCAGGCUUUCUACUGCUGCUCAGAGCUUACGAGCAAGACUUGGAUUAUAUUUGUAAAGGACCAGUUCAAGGAUUUAAGAUCCAUCUGCAUAAUCCAGCUGAAACACCUCGAGUUGGUAUGCAAUACUUCCGAGCUCCACUUAAUCAAGAAGUAGUGGUGGCAGUAAAACCGGAUAUGAUGACCACUUCGGAUGGCUUGAGGGAUUAUGAUCCGCAUAGGAGACAGUGCUUCUUUCCCAAAGAGCGACGUUUAGCGUAUUUCCAAAGCUAUACACAGCAGAACUGCGAAGUUGAAUGCCUUACGAAUUAUACACGAAAUAAAUGCGGAUGUGUAGCAUUCCACAUGCCACAUGAAGAAGGAACAGAAAUUUGUGGAGUGGGCAGCAUUGUUUGCAUGUUUGAAGCCCAAAAUGAGCUGCUUCAGAGAGAAGUACAAUCUGGUUUAAAGCGGGAAAAGUCACCAGAAGAAAACCCUGCGUCUGAUUGUGACUGCUUACCGGGAUGCACCUCAUUGGUUUACAAUGCGGAAACUUCUCAAGCAGAUUUUAUGUGGGAAAAACUCUUUCAAGCUUACAAGGCCAAUAUGAGUGAGUUUCCUGGGGUCCAAAUCACCAGAAUCAAUAUCUUCUUCAAAGAGCAACAAUUUAUCACUUCUGAGCGAAACGAGCUGUAUGGGCAAACGGACUUUCUUGCCAAUUGUGGCGGCAUUUUGGGACUUUUCACGGGUUUUUCAUUUCUUUCAAUUGUAGAAGUUAUAUAUUUCUUGACCUUAAAGCUGAUGUGCAACGUGAAGAAGUAUGGAAGACAUUACUGGUCGGGAUCGCCGCAGUUAGUGAACAACGAUAUGUAUGUUCACAAAAAAUAAUUUUAUUGACAAAAUGGAUUUAGGUCUUUGAAUAGUGUUUUCUAAUUUCAAUCUAUUCGUGCUAGACUUAGAUAUAUUGUAUGAUUAUACCCAAAUAAAAUUUUGGAUCGUA